CACUUCCUAUCCAUUCUCACUUCCGUGUACUUUUGCGAGAUAUUUUUUUUUUAUUUUUGUUUUUUCAUUUCAGAGAGAGAAAAAUGUUGGCAAUCUUCAGCAGCUCUGUGGUGUCGCCUCCCGAGGAGCUGGUAGCCGCGGGCAGUCGAACACCGUCACCAAAGACAUCAGCAGCGAAACUGCUGACACGUUUUGUGGAAAGCAAAGCAUCGGCGGUGUCGCUGCAGGUGGGGGAACAUGUGCAGUUGGCUUACACACACCACAGCGAAUCACCCUGGCAUCCUAGAUCAUUUGCGGUUAAGGAUGAAAUAUUCUGCUUGUUUGAGGGAGCUCUUGACAAUUUGGGCAGUCUGAGACAACAGUAUGGACUGGCCAAGUCAGCCAGUGAAGUGAUUUUGGUGAUUGAGGCUUACAAAGCUUUGCGUGAUCGAGCACCCUACCCUGCCAAUCGUGUUGUUUGCCACCUCAGUGGGAGCUUUGCUUUUAUAGUUUUUGACAAGUCCACUUCUACAGUCUUUGUGGCUUCUGAUCAAGCUGGUAAAGUUCCUCUCUUUUGGGGAAUUACAGCUGAUGGAUACGUAGCUUUUGCUGAUGAUGCAGACUUGCUUAAAGGUUCUUGUGGCAAGUCGCUUGCUUCUUUCCCUCAAGGAUGCUUUUACUCUACAGCAGUUGGAGGAUUGAGAUGCUAUGAGAAUCCAAAGAACAAGAUUACUGCAGUACCUGCCGAAGAAGAGGAAAUCUGGGGUGCGACUUUUAAGGUGGAGGGAUCAGCAGUUCUUGCAGCCACAGAGUACUAGAUUCAUCUUGGAGUACAGUAUGGUGUGAUGUGUUAAUGGAGUGAUGACUGUAAGGCAUGCACAAGGGACCAUGUAAAUACCUUUUGGUAACUGAGAAAAGUGCGACUGGUAGUAGUUGUUUGUUCAUUAGAUAGGAUUUACUAUGUUUCUGGUUUCUGGUGUACAGUUACGCUUUCUGAUGUAAUAAAAAUGUGCCUGAGUUUCUCUCA